UCAGAAACUCCCGGACGCUGUACACACGCUGCUUCCGCCUCCAGACCGGAAGUGACGGUUUCCCUGGCACAGUGCACGCUGGGAGCAGAAGGCGGAGGAAGUGAUUCGACAGCUGUCAGCUGUGAGGAGAAGAACUCUGCAUAGAAUCGUAUAGUGCCAUUAUCUACAACUUAUAUUGCAAGAUGCUGCGCAGGAAGCCCACACGCCUGGAACUGAAACUUGAUGAUAUUGAGGAAUUUGAAAGUAUCCGUAAAGAACUGGAGAGCCGUAAAAAACAGCGAGAAGAGGUGGAUUUGUCUGCCAGUGAGGAAGAUGCUGCAGUGUCACUCAGUGAUGACUCUAAAACGAGAGAGCAAACUAUCCAUGACCGCAUUGGAUACAAACCACAGCCGAAGCCAAACAACCACACUGUACAGUUUGGAAACUUUGAGUUUUAGAGAAAAGAAAUGGACUUUACCUUGUUUUUUUUUUUAUGAACUGAAAGAACUGUUUAAUGAGCGGAAAUCAAUUUGUAUGGAUUAAUUUUUUUUUAUGUUUUUUUUUUUUUAUUAAUAUAAGUGUCAUAUUUUUGCAGUGCUUGGUGACAUUUGUUUUUGCUUAAAAAGUUACAUGUUAAAAAGAGUAACAAUUCUGGCAUAUUAGAAUGCCUUUCGGAAAGGUCCUAGUCCAGUUAAUAUGUGACUUGUUAAAGCCGUUGUAUACCCCACUUUUGUGAUUUUUUUUACCUACAGGUAAGCCUAUAAUAAUUUUCUAGCAUGUUUGGCAUUAUGCCUUACUAUAAAAAAAUUUGACAGGCAAAUCAUAUUUUGUGAAUCUUUUCCAAAGUUCCUUACAUGGAGAUCCUGCCAACACCAGAACGUCCUGUUAAAAAAUGAGUGCCAAGCCACAGCAUUUCAGGCAGCAGCAUUGUCAGUCUGGUCUGUGUGCUCCUUUAUUUUGCUGUUGGGUUGUCUGUCGGCAGGCCAUGCCCCUAAGGUCCUCAGACUAGAGCAAGGAUCUUCAAACUAUGGGCCUCCAGUUGUUCAGGAACCACAAUUCCCGUCAUGUCUGUGAAUGUCAGAAGUUUACAAUGCCUCAUGGGAUGUGUAGUUCCGCAACAGCUGGAGGGCCGUAGUUUGAGGAUCCCUGGACUAGAGGAAGAAAGAAGGUGCAAGUGUUAAGAUCAGCUGAUCAAUCUGAGUGUUGGGAUGAGGGGAAGCAUGCCAGUGUCUUGGACCUUCUGUACAUUUAGAAGUCCAUUUUUUUUUAACACAACGUCCACCCAAGAUGAAUUUUUUCCGAAUUAGAUUCAAAUUGUGAAUUAUAGGUGCAAGUUGUUUGAAUUGUCUGUGAAAACAUUUAUAAUUAAACCUCUUAGUGUUGCACUGUAGAGAACCAAAUAAAUGUUUGGUAGCUUUAGAAAAUUA